AUGCGUUGGUCGCCUCCCGUCGUGGCCGGUCAUAAUCCUGCCCCGUCACCGCUGCUGCUGACCAUCGUUCUCUUCCAUGGCCUCCUUGUCAGCGUCGUCACCGAUGUCGUUUUUGGUAGAUGGUCCGCUUCCUCCGUGCCAGACUGCGCUCCCUGCGGUGAUCAGUGUUCGGGCAUGCCCAAAUGCUACCAGGUCUCGGUGGAAGACUGUCGGUGCUGCUGGAUGUGCGAGCGCGGCCCGCAGCAGGUUUGCGGUCGUAACGGCUCCUGGCUCGGCAUCUGUAUCCCAGGGAUGGCCUGCGUCCCAAUGACUACCGCGACGACGACGACGAUCACCAGCCACUCUCAUGCUAUCACGACCACCAUCAGCAGCGACAGCAUCGGAACCUGUCAAAACAUUCCUCAAAACUGUACUAAUGCGGAAACGGUCAGCGGCCGCGUUUUUCAGACUUUCUUUGUCGGAUCUGUUUCGUUGCACAAAAACAUCAACAGUCUCGAAGGUCGUGGAAUGACUACGAAAAAAGUGUCUCUUUCCACGGCUGCCGCGGCCGCCUCCUCACUGGCACCGGCGAACGAUGAACUUUGCCUCAUGGCCACGGUUACAUCGAACGAACGAUCAACCGGAUGGGGUGUCGACGGAUGGCCUGUCGUUAUUCAAACAACGACCUACGUUGCAGCAGCCGUCGUCGUUUGUUGA